AUGGCGCCAAUUGAUGUUGCUAUGGCCCGGAGCCUGCACCACCGAAGCGUGCUGGACGUGUUGGCUGCUGCUGUAUACCCAGUAGUCUCCCGGCGAGACUCGAUAAGCGACGUCAAGACGGCAUUUUCGAGCUGGGAUAAUUGCAUGGCGACAACCUACUGCAAGUGGCCCGUGAUUGCAGUUAUCAUCAUCGCAGGCCUGAUCAUUGUUACGGGAUAUCGCGCCGAAGAGCCCAUGAUGACCGGAGCAGCACCGAAAUCCAGGGCACCAGUGAAGGAUGUCCCCCAGUUCGCCACAUUCGAGGUGACCAAGUCGGAACCCGUCGACGAGGAUGCGCUUCCCGCCAUGCCCAGCUGGGAGGGUGCCAACCAUACAAAGGUGCUCAUGGAGGAGGACUCUGUCGAGCUGACGGAUCUCAAGAAGCCAGCCCCAGCUGGCCAGAGCGUGUCGCCUGUGAACGGAUUUCGCGGCUCUCCCGGCGUUGUCAGUCCCGGUCCUGGGGGUGGUGCCAACCCGUACGGUGCGUAUGGUAGGCCAUUAGCGGCAAACAACCUGGGCGGCAGCCAUGCUGCUGUGGCGAACGGGUACAUGGCUGCUGGAGCCAUUCCGCGCUCCACAGGGCCCGGCGAUCAAGCAUAUGGCCAGAACAGCCAGGGUUACAACCAGAGCAACCCAGAAUACGGCCAGAACAUCCAGGGCUACAACCAGAGCAACCCAGAUUACAGCCAGGGCAACCAAGGGUACUAUCAAGGAAACCAGGGCAACCCAGGAUACGGCCAGAACGGCCUUGGAUACGGCCAGAACAACCUGAACAACCGGGGAUAUAACAACGCAGACAUCAGCCGCCAAUACAGCGCCUCUGAUUAUGGUGACACGGGCUUUGACCAGCAGACGAUGAUAUCAAGACACCAGACACCGGUACAGUCUCCGCUCGGUUAUAGAGGCCCGAGCCCGGGACCUCAGCAAGCCUAUGCACGCAACAUGCAAGGUAACGCGCCGGGCAACAUGGGUGCCAUGGGCAACAUGCCAGGCAACGGUGGGUACGACAGCUUUGGGCGCAACGCCACGUCCUCUCCAGAGCCAUUAGGCUAUGAUAAUCUGGAUCGCCGGACGCCGCACAUCCCGGACAUGGGUCUGAGUUACGGUGCUCCCGUCAGCCCAGUGGCCGCCACGGGUAUGGAGCCGACGGAGCUGUACGGCGGGCCGUCGUCGCGCUCGCCUCCCAACGGUUUCAACGACCCCGGCCCCAUCGGCCUCGGUGGUCUUGGCGGUCCCAAUGGCCGUUCCCUGGACAGUCGGUCACCACCCGUGCAGACAUAUGCUCCUGCAACGAGCACCAACAACUACGGCGGCGCCAUGAACAGCAACCAGGCUGAAGUCUAUGAGAUGCCAAGCUCGCCACCGAGUAAGAAUAAAACUGGUGACUUUGACUUCGGCCCGGCUUACAGCCGGCCAGAAGCACAGGUCCAGGAUCCGUACAACACCAGAAGCAACGGCUACAACACAAAUGUCAGUAGCGACGAGAUCCACGGAUACACCAACACAGCCAGUCCGCCACCACUGAUGCAGCCACAGCCACGGCAAGCUGCAUACCCCGGAUACCGGCCAUACCAGCAGUGA